AUGUCUGUUCCAUUGACUUUAAGUACACCUAUUUUAUAUAUUGUUUCAAACUUAGGUUCAAAGUGUUAUUCGAAUGUCGACAGAAACUACUAUGACCAAAAGAUACUCAUGCGUAUAAACAACACUUUCUCUGCUGGUUUGCCUAUUGUUCAUUCGAAUGCAGAGUUUUCAGCUUUAGUAAACUCAAACACUUUAGCAAACAUAAACUUAACCUUAGUUGACGCAAACUUUGUUCCUGUAAAACUUUUAUGUCCUAUGUAUUUGUCAAUGACGGCAGAAAGUUUCGAAUUGGAAGAUGCAACUGGUGAAAGUAUUGUAUUACAAGAACAACUUCAACAACAAAUAGCUCAAGAACAACAAAUGCAACAAAUGCAACAACAAAGUCAAGAAUAA